AAAAGGGCAUUUCAAUUCACAACCCUUGCAAACCUCUCCAUUGACUCUCCAAGUAGUGGUGAUGUAGAAAAAUCUCUCACCCAAAUCUCCACAUACUUCAUAUGCUAUCGUUUCGCCGCCGUUAUUGCACCGUCGUUCGGUUCCUCUCCGGUGACUUUUCGAUGGUACCGAUUUUUAGUUAACAACUUCUGUUUCUUUACCCAACUGCAAGAUCAAGGUAUGUCUGUAGAAGAUCCGGAGGGACAUAUGAAUAAGAAAUUAGUUGCUGCUUUCUGUCAUUACAAUGAUCAGCUGUUAGCACGUGAUCAUGAUACACCUGUAAAAAGUUUAGUAAGUGUGACUAAAUAAGAAAUUGGUUAUAUCUCAUUUCUAUUUGGAACAGUCUCCUUAGGCUGUGAAUUUGGGAAUUGUUUCAAAUGGAUAGAAAUGUUGGAAAAGGUAUGAUGGGACAAAAGAACUAUGAACAAGGUCGCUAUAGCUCUGUAGAGACCAGAAAUGAGGUCAUUGGUUCUACAAAUGAGAGAUUUUUCCAGGAUCCAUCAAGUUCUAUUAAUACGAACAUAAGACCACCUGAUUUCGCUGUACCUGUUGGAGCUAGGCCUGUACUGAAUUAUUCUAUUCAGACUGGUGAGGAGUUUGCUCUAGAAUUCAUGCGGGAAAGGGUUAACCCUAAGCAGCAUCUCGUUCCGCAUGCUUCUGGUGGGACUACUGGUGCAACUUCUUAUAUGGACCUGAAGGACAUACUUGGAAUAUCUCAUACAGGUUCUGAAACCGGAUCAGAUAUCUCCGUGAUUGCCUCAAUAGAAAAAGGUCGAGAUCAAAAUCAUGAGAGGACUAGGACUUCAGUAAAUGAUGAGAAAUCCUACCACCAAGUUUUGCAAUCUGUGACCAGAACCUCAUCAAGAAAUAACAACAUCCGUGGGUUUCAAAGCCAUGUAUCUUCUAGGUCUAGUACAUCAGGAAAGCUAAGGUGUCUCUGCAGUUUUGGUGGUAGAAUUAUGCCUCGUCCAAGUGAUGGGAAACUUAGAUAUGUUGGAGGUGAUACGCAUCUUAUUCGAGUCAACAAGGAUGUUUCUUAUGCGGAGCUUAUGCAAAAGAUGUUGACAAUAUAUAAUCAAGCUCAUACCAUAAAAUAUCAGCUUCCUGGUGAGGAUCUUGAUGCAUUGGUAUCAGUUUCUUGUGAUGAGGACGUGCAGAAUAUGAUAGAGGAAUGUAAUGGUCUAGAAGGUGAUGGAUCACAGAAGCUACGGAUUUUUCUCUUCUCUAACAGUGACUUGGAUGAUGCUCAAGCUGGUCUUGAGAAUGUUGAAGGAGAUUCAGAGAUGCAGUAUGUUGUUGCUGUCAAUGGCAUGGACUUCGGGUCUAGAAGAAACUCAAUUGCUCUGGCGAGUGCUUCAGGAAAUAAUCUGGAUGAGUUUCUUAGCUUAACAAUUGCUCGGGAGAAUAGUCGAGUUGCUGCCGAUGCUUCUCGUUCAGUGGGUGGUGUGCCUCUAGCUGGUCAAUCUGCUCAUGUGAUGGCUUCAAGUUCAUUGCAUGCCUUUGACUCCAACCAACAAGGGUACCAUGGUCAAACUAUUCAUCAUGGCGGUGCUGAAUGGAGACCUUUACCCACUUCCAUGCCUGUUGACAACUUCCAAAAUUUAGAUGCCAAAAGCCCUGUUUUUCCCCAGUACGACCAUGAUUCUCAUCCACCCAACUCCUCACAACUCACAGAUAACUUUGUUGUUAGUACAAGCCGUGGUUACCUGAAUGGGGAAGGAGGUUCUACCCACGAGCAGCCAUAUAGUUCACAUAUGAACGACCAAGAAGCACCAGCGGCGGUGGUAAAAAUGAAAAGAGACACCUCUUUCCAGAAAAAAGUUGAACUUGGUAAAGAUCAAUCUCUGGAAAAGGAAGUGAAUAAGGAGGCAAAGAUGAAAAGAGAAAGCUCUGCACAGAAAUUGAAUGAGCCCGAGAAAAUGCAUUCUGUGGAAAGCGAAAAAGUUGUUUCCUCGAAUCCACUUGUCAAAUCUGCUCCAAAUCAUGUUUCCCGAGUUGAAGCAUCUAAUUCUGCUGCUACAGUAGUUUCUGGAAGUUCUGACAUGCCAGCUAAAAUUAAUGAGAAGAGUCAGGAACAAGUGCAAGGUACAGUGUCUCUUGGAGCUGUUCAAGAAGAAAAACUUGAUGGAUCAAGUGAAGAUGGCCAUUUUUCUGCAUCUGGUAGAACUUCCAACGCUGACUAUGGUGACUCUGAGGCAUACCCAUAUGACCUUAGCUAUGACCCACCUUCAAUGCCUCCACGAGUUUUUCGUUCUGAACGUUUGCCUAGGGAGCAGGCUGGCCUAAAUCGCUUGUCCAAAUCUGAUGAUUCUUCACAGUUCAUAAUGACCCAUGCACACUCUGAAGGCAGACAGCAGAUCCUGGAAUCAGUUGAUAAAUUACAUGAUGGAAAUGUGAGUCCCCAGACCGAGAAAUUUACACCUUCUGGGCCGACUCGGUCUGCUAAUCAACCUGCUAUCGAAGAGAAACAGAUUGAACUUCAGCAGUCUGUAGAGUUAGGUGACAAUACCAAGGGAGUUAAUUCAACAGUUGGUGAAGAUGUUUCUGAAGCAAAUCUUGAGAAGCGCGUACUGAAAGCAGCAACUUAUGCCGAUAAAGUAAAAUCUGGACCAAAUAAUGCUAUCACUAGCAAUAAUGUUCGCGAUGAAUCUGCUUCCAAGCCAAACGAGCUUCACCGGGGUGAUGCAGCUGCAAGUAGAACAGAGGAAAAUAAAGCUAUGGGGAAAAUACAGCCGCUAGCUGAGAGCGAGCCUCAAGUUGGAGCAGUGGCCACAGGGAAGCCAUCUGUUACCACUGGCUCUCCUGAUCACGGAGACAUUCUUAUUGACAUUAAUGACCACUUUCCUCGAGAGUUUCUCUCUGAUAUUUUCUCUAGAGCUAAAAUAUUGGGUGAUGCAUCAGUGUCUGCUCCACUGCGCGCUGAUGGAACUGGUUUGAGUUUGAAUAUGGAGAACCAUGAACCAAAGCACUGGUCUUUUUUUCAAAAGUUAGCCCAAGAUGAUUUUGUCAGAAAAGAUGUGUCUCUGAUAGACCAGGAUCAUCUUAGUCUCUCUUCCACCCGUGCAAAUGGUGAGGAUGGAGCAUCCAUGGAUUAUGGUUAUCCUCCUUUUAACGACAGUGCUAUGAUAGACCAUAUGGACUCCCGGAUGAAUAUUGAAGCUGAUAUGCAGCAUCUAUCACGUGACAAUGUUGGACCAUCCACCAUGAAUGUGCCUUCAGGAUACGAUCCUUCUCAAACCACUGGCAUCCAAAGCAUGCAGUAUGAUGGUGCAAUGAAUUCAAAAGUAGCUGAAUCGGAUUAUCAGGAUGGGAACCAAGAAGUUCAGAAUACUGGUUUUCCACUCAUUGAUCUCUCUAUGGGAGAUGUCGAUAUAAGCUCAUUGCAGAUUAUCAAGAAUGAAGAUCUCGAGGAAUUAAGGGAAUUGGGUUCUGGAACAUUUGGAACUGUUUAUCAUGGAAAAUGGAGAGGAACUGAUGUUGCCAUAAAGAGAAUAAAGAAAAGCUGUUUCACAGGUCGCUCAUCCGAGCAGGAGAGAUUGACUCUAGAUUUUUGGCGUGAAGCUGAUAUUCUUUCAAAGCUUCAUCAUCCAAAUGUGGUGGCAUUUUAUGGUGUAGUGCAAGAUGGGCCAGGGGGAACUCUUGCCACAGUAACAGAAUUCAUGGUGAAUGGGUCUCUGAGACAUGUUUUGCUUUGCAAGGACAGACACCUAGAUCGUCGCAAGAAGCUCAUAAUUGCAAUGGAUGCUGCAUUCGGAAUGGAAUAUCUGCAUUCAAAGAAUAUUGUACAUUUUGAUUUGAAAUGUGACAACUUGCUUGUCAACUUAAAAGAUCCUUCUCGACCCAUCUGUAAGGUUGGUGAUUUUGGACUUUCAAAAAUAAAGAGAAAUACGUUGGUCACUGGUGGAGUUAGGGGAACACUUCCAUGGAUGGCCCCAGAGCUAUUGAAUGGUAGCAGUAACAAGGUUUCUGAGAAGGUUGAUGUUUUCUCCUUUGGGAUUGUGCUCUGGGAAAUUCUUACUGGCGAGGAACCUUAUGCUAAUAUGCAUUAUGGAGCUAUUAUAGGUGGUAUAGUCAACAACACCUUGAGACCACUUGUGCCGAGCUUCUGCGACGCCGAGUGGAGAAUUCUUAUGGAACAGUGCUGGGCUCCAGAUCCUGCUGUUCGGCCAUCUUUCACUGAAAUUGCCCGACGCUUACGUGCUAUGACCGCGGCAUGCCCAACAAGACCACAAGCUCAUCCACCUCAGAACCAACAGUCCAAGUAAUGGCAUAGGCAUUUUUUCUGUAUUUCUGCCUCGAUAUUCUAUAAGCAGUUUCUAUAAGGAUACUGAAUAUAUCUGUAUCAUAUUUAGUGGGGAGAAUGGCCUCCUUCAGGGUGUGAAAGAACAUUGUCGAAAAACUAAUGAUCGACAGAGUAUAUAUAUUAUUCCCGGGAAACAUGAUAAAAUCAUAUAUAUUGUAAUUUGUAAAGCAUCAUUUGUAUCUAAAAUUGGAACUUUGGCCUUUGAAAGAUUUGGUUAUAUUGGUUGGUGAGAUGAA